AUGCCGGCGGGGCGGGCGGCCAUGAGGCGGGCGGCAGCGGCGCAGGGGCACCGCGUGGGGAGCGGCGGCGGCAGCGGCAGCGGGGCGGGCGGGGAGGAGACGGGUCCGGAGCCGGGAGAUGAGGCUGACCUGUCGUUGGAAGAACGGCUGCGGAUGCAGAGUGCGGCCGGAACGAGAGGGUGCCGGCAGCUGAGCGAUGGGAAGAAAACAGCAACGCCUGGCAGAGCUCCGGUGAAGCAGCAGCUGAACAAAAAGGGGCCAGUAGAGAUGUCUGCCAAGAAACCCAUGCCUUUUCUGCGACAGGUUGUCCCUGUUACAAAGAAGGUCCACAGAGACCCUCGAUUUGAUGACCUGUCUGGAGAGUAUAACCCUGAAAUAUUUAUGAAGACGUACAGCUUCCUGGACACCAUCAAGAAGCAGGAGAAGGAGAAGCAGCUGAAAAAAUGCCGGAAUAUGGAACAGAAGGAGAAACUGCAGCAGCUCCUGAACCGCAUGACACAGCAAGAACAGGCACAGAAAAAACAGCAAAAACAGAGGGAAAGGGAGCUGACUUUGAAGAGGCAACAGCGGGAGCUGGCCAAGCAGGGAAAGAAACCCUUCUUCCUAAAGAGAUCUGAGAAACGGAAAUUGGAGCUAGCAGAGAAGUAUGCAGAGCUAAAGAGGAGUGGAAAGCUGGAGAGCUUCCUGAACAAGAAAAGGAAGAGGAAUGCUGUCAAAGAUAAGCGCCGCUUGCCCUUGCAGAAGAACCUGUGA